AAGCUCGUACCCCUGUGACUUCUGACUGUCUGACUUGGGUUUCAAAGAUUGAUGUACGGUACAGAGUUGUCGAUCGAGAGGGGCGACUGCGACGAUGAAUGUCAGAGCUAGCAUCUCUCUGGUCCACAGUAUUAGCAGUCAGGCACCAACCAAUAAUGGAACCACCUCCUUUAAGCAAGUAGCAUGGGGGAAGUCUGGAGCAUCAGCUCUUUACCGGCAUUCAAGAGCUUCAAUCGCUGUGAUAUCGAGAUCGAACUUGCCUCACAUAGAUCCACUCUCGAAGUUACGCGGCAAAAUUUCCAAAAUGAAACUGAGUGCUGGAGAGAGCCAAACGAAAAUCUGUGCAGAUCAUCGUGAAGCUCGUGCAGAGGUGAUCGCAGAUAAACAUGCCGAUACGAAAGUUCCAGUCUUUGAUAUUUCUGGUCUGGAAGGUGCAGAGAGGAAAUUGAUCAGCCAGCAGAUUGCUGACACUUCUGAAACCUGGGGCAUCUUUCAAAUCGUGAACCAUGGAAUAGACUCAUGCUUGAUGCAAGCUGCCAAAGACGUUUCGAAGGAAUUUUUUUAUCUGCCUGAUGAAGAGAAAAUGAAGAUUAAAGUUGUAGGAAUCGAGGGAUGGAACCACUCCAAGCUAGCUGGAUUCAGCGGGGAGGGCAAGCUGUACAAGCCCGGCACAGUCGAGCACUUGUACCUCGUGCAGAGCCCAGACACGCAGGAGCAUCUGGAACGAUAUCCACGCAAUCCCCCAGCCUACAGAACAACGAUUCUGGAGUAUGCAAAGAAGCUCAAAGUUCUGCAUGAAAAACUCAUCACUGUUCUAUCAGAAAUGUUGGGAUUGAAACCAGACGCGCUAACCUUAGCAAUCACCACUCCCGUGGGGAACGUUACCAUGAGGACGAAUUUCUACGCUUUCAAUGCGGACGGUAAGGGAUCUCCAGGAGUUUGCCACGCUCAUACGGACCCCGGUGGUCUAACUAUUUUGCUUGCAGACGACGUUCCUGGUUUGGAAGUCAACAAGGACGGUCGAUGGGUGCCAGUGAAUCCCAUACCGGGCGCCUUCAUCGUCAACAUCGGUGACGUACUGGAGAUACUUAGCAAUGGCAGAUACAAGAGCGUGGAACACAGGGGGCUGCCGAGCCAAACCGAGGAACGUCUGACUAUGGCCUCAUUUUACGGUGGAUCACAUGAGGUGAUUAUCGGACCGCUGCCAGAGCUUCUUGACGAGAAGCAUCCUCCACGUUACCGGACCUGCUCUUUUGGCGAUUACAUUGCUGACUUCGUCAAGGCCGGCCUCGAUGGCAAGAACGGCCUCGAGAGGAUGAAGCUGUGAAGUCCACUUCGGCAUACAUCGGACUUUGAGAAGCGGUGUUCGUUACUACAAAUUGCGUUAAGCUUGGGCGUCUCACAAGUACCUCUAAGACACUUUUGCAGCUAUCGAGUCCGUAAGUGUACAUAGUCAGAAUGUUGAGAAAGCAUGUGCAUCUGUGGCUUCCACUCACCUCGUGACGAGACUGAGAAUCAGCACUUCAAUUUAUCUGUAACUCAGCCGCUAACUGCAGAGAAGUUCUAAGAACCUGAACGCACUCUUUUCUUCUCUAACCCGCUUCCUCAGAGCUUGUAUAGAUGCGUCGCCAGAUGCAGUGGCACAUGUCCUCAUGCUACCUCUGUUUCAGUGAAGGAGAAUUGUGCGUGUGCGUGUACAGACUCGUCAAUUUCCUGAUGUGAUGCACAGGGGCACGCAAAAUUUCGUAAAUUACUAGCCAAAACUUGAAUGAAGAGCGACGAACUCUUCCGUGUAAAGAGUGCCCGCGAAGUCUCACUAAAUAAAGAGAGUCUGUGUCCACAAGUGAUCCCAACGUCAAACAUUGUAAAUCGACAUCUUUGUGUGAAAGCCUCUGAAAGCAGACAGUGCUGCGACGAAGUAGCAAUA